CAGGAAUGAGAUGCCGAGCGCGACAAAUCGCACGCCGCUGGCGGGCUGGCGUCUCGUCAUUCUUUCUGUGGCGGCCAGCGAGGGCGCCCAUUGCAGGCUGGCGCGCGCGGGCCGAAGCUUGGCGCCGGGCGGGGCUUGCCUUCGUACGUUCUGCCCGCCGCGCGCCGGCCCCCGCUCGCAGGCUGGCACCGCUCGCGCGCCGCCCCGGGUGGGUGGUGCGAUCCCCUCGCCGGCGCGACACGCGCUCGCCAGCCAGCGCCAUCGGCGGCGCCCGCGUGCGUCCAUGCGUGGAGGCGCGUGGCGGCGCUCGCCGAUCCAUCCUUCAGCGAACCGCCGGCGCCCUCCUGCCGCCCGCGCGCGAUUCGUGGGAAAGCCAGCGACAGGACAAAUUUACUGCGCGAAGGCCGGCAGCAAUGAAAUGGCGGCGCAGGUUCGUCCUUUGUGGUGGCUCGGAUUACCGCGGGGAGAAUUUCGGCGGAGGGCGCAAGCCUGCCCGCC